GCGGUCCGGGAGGCGGCCUGGGCCCAGCAGACGAGGCCGCCCGCUCCUCCGAUGCCAGCAGAGGUGGCCAGUUUGCUUCCAAGCAUGCCAUUCCACAAGCAGGUCUACUACCCACUCGCCAACGGUCUCGAGGGGCCUGACGCCUCCGGAGGGGCCGCCGCUGGUGCGGCCGCCAUGGCCUGUUUCCCCCCCAGCGCGGCUUCGGGCCCCCUGCCGUUCUUCCAGUUCCGGCCGCGGCUGGAGAGUGUAGACUGGCGGCGGCUGAGCGCCAUAGACGUGGACAAGGUGGCCGGGGCUGUGGACGUGCUCACGCUGCAGGAGAACAUCAUGAAUAUCACCUUCUGCAAGCUGGAGGAUGAGAAGUGCCCGCACUGCCAGUCGGGGGUGGACCCGGUGCUGCUGAAGCUCAUCCGCCUGGCGCAGCUGUCCAUCGAGUACCUGAUGCACUCCCAGGAGUUCCUCACCUCGCAGCUGCACAACGUGGAGGAGCGGCUGCGCCUGAGCCUGGCCAACUGCGAGCAGAGCAAGGAGCUCCUCACCAAGCAGGCCGGGGAGAUCAAGUUCCUCAAGGAAGAGUGUAAACGCAGGAAGAAGAUGAUCUCCACUCAGCAAAUGAUGAUGGAGGCCAAAGCCAGCUAUUACCAGUGCCAUUUUUGUGACAAGGCCUUUAUGAACCAAGCCUUUCUACAGAGUCACAUUCAGCGCCGCCACCCUGAAGAUUCUCACCUUGACUAUAAGAAAAAUGAUCUGACCAAUAAGCUCCAGAAUGAGAUCGACAUGUUGAAGGAGCAGCUGCAGCUCACCAAGUCUCAGUUAGAGGCUUCUCAGCACGCCCACGCAGUCAGAUUCUCUGAGGAAUAUGAAAUGCAGAAAACAAAAGAAGAAGAAUUUCUGAAGUUAUUUCACAGAUGGAAAGAAGAAGAAAAGGAAAAAUUUGUUGAUGAAAUGGAAAAAUUCAAGGAAAUGUGUAAGAGGGAGUUUAAAGAAUUAACUUCCAAGAAUUCAGCCUUAGAAUAUCAAUUGUCAGAAAUCCAGAAGUCCAAUCUGCAGAUCAAGUCCAACUUAGGCACAUUAAAAGAUGCCCGUGAGUUUAAAGAAGAACGCCCUCAGUAUCCCCAGGAUUUCCAAAAUGUGAUGCAAUUUCUUGAUAGUCAGGAAAGCAAGUGGACAGCUCGAGUUCAAGCUCUUCAUCAAGAACACAAAAAAGAGAAGGGUCAGCUCCUGUCACAUAUAGAAAAACUUCAAACCUUAAUGAUAGACAAUCUAAAUGCAAAUAAUGUUUUCUACAAGAAAAGGAUAGAAGAGCAAGGGCAGAGACUUCAGGAACAGAAUGAACCAAUUAUCAGUCAGAGACAACAGAUUAAAGAGUUUACCAGCAAACCAUCAAACAGUGUCAGUGAACCCAAAGGGACUCCUUUAACCUGGCAAACUUUUGAAUCUAAGCCAACGGCCCAAGCUGUACCUAAUUUUUUUUAUGCUGUUUCAGUGACUGUCCCAGCCCCACAGACUUUGGAUGCUAAGUCAAGUCUAACAAUGGCACAUGAACAGGCAUUCUCAUCGCACAUACUGGAACCAAUAGAAGAACUUUCAGAGGAAGAAAAAGGAAGGGAAAAUGAACAGAAAUUAAAUAACAAGAACCAUUUCAGGAAAGCUUUAAAGAAUAAUCCCUCUCUCACUAAGAAAAUAAGAACAAUCUUGGAGCAGAGUUUGGUGCGGAAAUUGGAAACCUUGGGGAUUAAUGCAGAUACACGCGGUAUUCCAACUGAUCAACUGAAUAGAGUGCUAAGAACCAUGGAAUCAAAAAGACACACUCAAGAAAGACAGAUGCCUAACAUUCAGCAAAUUCGAGAACUCCUUGAACAUCAGGUCAGCUAUAAAAUUGAGGAGAGAACAUCACUGUCUUUAGAUAGGUGCAGUGCUUCUCAAGUGGAUGCUCUUUCAACUGGAGAAGUAGCCAAAGCAGUACAACUUCCUCCCAAAAGCAGACAAUUGGUUAGACAAAGACCUGUUUUCACCGAUAGAACAUCUGUUCCAAAAAUUAAGAAAAAUAUCACUGAAGAUCAUCUUCCCAGAAAGUCUUCAACUAUUACGACGCCUCCCUUUAGUUCAGAAGAAGAGUUGGAUGCUGGCGACCUCGUCCAAGCCUACGUGUCCCCAGACUUUCUUCUUGUGCAGUCAUGUAAAAACAAGAGUAGCUUCGGAAGGAAAACUGUCAAAAGUGACACUGACUUGACCGAAGGAAGUGAAAUUGAUGACUCUGACAUCUCUCCCAAGCCCACAGGAACCUCCAUCAAAACAUUAACUGAAAAAGUUGAAAAGACAGUUUCAAAUCAAAGAAAUGUGAAUAAGCCAGUUGGUGGGAUUAAUGUUGCUGAGGCGUUCAUCAAAAGAGAACUAAAAGAAGAACUGAAGUGCUCCGAUGUGGAGGAUGACGACUGGGACAUAUCAUCCUUAAUAGAUGAAAAAUCGUGGAAAAUAACUGGGAAAGAGCAGAGAGAACCUCCUGUGAAGACUGAGUCACAUUCAACCCAAGUGCCAACUGCCUGGGGCGCACCUGUUCUCAGAGGGCCAAAGAGAGAAGGCCUUCAGGAUGAAUCAAGCACACUGAAAAGCAGCUUAGUAACUGUGACGGAUUGCAGUGACUCUUCAGAUGUAUAACUGUAAUCCCACAUGUCAGAAGAUCCAGGUGCCAAUAGUGUUUAAGUAUCACAGUGUGUCAGUAACUUGCCAACACGAUACAAAUGCUCCUGCCUUACAGCAUUUCCCACAAUAACCAGGGAGCCGAUUGAGAGAACAGGGGUCUUUAUAAUGGCACCUAAUACAGACUUGAAAAACAAAUUGUCAACCGUAUUUUGAAGCAUAUAAAAGUGUUUAAGAUUUCUGCUUCUUAAAAAUAGCUUGUCAUUGAAGUCAUAAAAAGUUUUUUCUUUAGAACGGUACUCUAGUGUUUCAGUGUAUUUUUUCCAACUGAUUUUUAAGUGAAAAUUUUAAUUAUAGCAGGUUUUGGUUUCAAUGAAAACUUUGUAUAUUUCUUAUGUAUGUUAUCACAUUGCAAGUGUUUUAUUAUAGAAUUCUGUUAGCAUCCUUAAAACGGAAUUAGUGGAGUCAGUGAAAUCUUAAGGGUAGAUGGGUUAUUUUCAUUUAGAAGUUUAGAAUUAUAAAAAUAUAGCUAGGCUCAUGUUAAAUACAUUUCCCAGAGGUACCUUUACCAUAUUCAGCUUUGAGCCAUUGUAAGCAUGUUGUUAUAAACAAUUAUUUUAGAACUUUAAAUACCAUUUCUGCAGCAUAAUGUUUACCUUGGAUAUUUUAUGAAUAAAAUGUCACUAUUUUUAAGAUGGAUUCGAGAAUUAGUUCUCCCAUCUUUUCUAGCUAGGCCUUCUCCAUCAAUAAACC